GCGUUGCUUUUCCCCCGGGGCGGCCGCAUUACAGUGUUACUGCCAUCUAUGUACAAAAGACAACUUCACAUGUGUGACAGAUGGGCUAUGUUUUACCUCAGUAACACGAACUGCAGACAAAGUCAUACACAACAGUAUGUGUAUAGCAGAAAUCGAUCUGAUUCCCCGAGACAGGCCGUUUGUUUGUGCCCCCUCCUCCAGAGAUGGAGUCAUUACUGUGCCUCAUUGCUGUGACAGAGACCACUGCAAUAAAAUAGAACUUCCAAUUCCAACACCAGGCCCUACUCCAGGAAAACCAGCUUCUAAUCUAGGACCUGUGGAACUGGCUGCUGUCAUUGCUGGACCUGUCUGCUUUGUCUGCAUUUCACUAAUGUUGAUUCUAUAUCUUUGUCAUAAUCGUACUGUAAUUCAUCAUCGUGUGCCAAGUGAAGAAGAUCCCUCACUGGAUCGUCCCUUUAUAUCGGAAGGAACUACUUUAAAGGAUUUAAUUUAUGAUAUGACAACUUCAGGCUCCGGGUCAGGUUUACCUUUACUUGUGCAAAGAACAAUUGCAAGAACUAUAGUACUUCAAGAAAGCAUUGGUAAGGGUCGCUUUGGAGAAGUCUGGCGAGGGAAGUGGAGAGGAGAAGAAGUUGCCGUGAAGAUCUUCUCUUCAAGAGAAGAACGCUCAUGGUUUCGCGAAGCAGAAAUUUAUCAAACAGUUAUGCUACGACAUGAAAACAUUCUUGGAUUUAUAGCAGCAGACAACAAAGACAAUGGUACAUGGACUCAGCUGUGGUUGGUGUCAGACUAUCAUGAGCAUGGAUCACUCUUUGAUUACCUGAACAGGUAUACAGUAACAGUGGAAGGAAUGAUAAAAUUAGCUUUGUCCACUGCCAGUGGUCUUGCUCAUCUUCACAUGGAAAUUGUUGGCACGCAAGGCAAACCAGCGAUUGCCCACAGAGAUUUGAAAUCAAAAAAUAUAUUGGUAAAGAAGAAUGGAACAUGCUGCAUUGCGGACCUAGGGUUGGCAGUUAGGCACGAUUCUGCUACAGACACAAUUGAUAUUGCCCCAAACCACAGAGUGGGAACAAAAAGGUACAUGGCACCUGAAGUUCUAGAUGAUUCCAUAAAUAUGAAACAUUUUGAGUCAUUCAAACGAGCAGACAUCUAUGCAAUGGGAUUAGUGUUUUGGGAAAUAGCUCGGCGAUGUUCAAUUGGUGGAAUCCAUGAAGAUUACCAGUUGCCGUACUAUGACCUCGUUCCUUCAGAUCCUUCUGUUGAAGAAAUGAGGAAAGUUGUGUGUGAGCAGAAGUUAAGGCCCAAUAUUCCAAACAGAUGGCAGAGCUGUGAGGCAUUACGAGUAAUGGCAAAAAUUAUGCGGGAAUGCUGGUAUGCCAACGGAGCUGCUAGGCUAACAGCUUUGCGCAUUAAGAAAACAUUAUCGCAACUUAGUCAACAGGAGGGGAUAAAGAUGUAAUCCUGGAUUUGCUACCGAAGAAUACUGUAAAAAUCCAUAUCUGCACCAGAGUGGCGUGUUAAGAAGGUUAAUUGUUCUACCUCAUUGGGGGAACAGAAGGAUAUUGCUGCCUUUUAGUGCUUCAUAGGAACGUCACUUACUAGGAUUUUUGUGGACGUGCUAAACAGUUGUGUUGGGUCCUUUCCGUGCACUAUGAACCUCUUUCCCAGGUUACUUACAAAACAUGGUGUAGUCUAGUUUUAUUUUAAUUAACCUAUAAUUUUUUAUUUGGAAAGUUGAUAGCUGGUCUUAACUUCUCGUUAACUGUGCUAAAAAUAGGAGGUCACUUUUAAAAUGGAACUGGUUCACUGUAUUGUUCUAGAGUGCAUUGAUGGCUCUCUAAGCAGCUUUAUUCCUGGCUGGUACAUUGACUAUUCUGAACCACUGUCAUGGUUCUUUGAUUCAGAUUGUGAAUGUACUGUUGGAGUAUACUUUGCUAGCUAUUAAGGUAGUAUAUCUCUUGGACUCUUACCUUGAUUUACAAAUUGACCUCAUUCAGUUGUGGGAACAUAAUUUAUGCAACUAUACUUUAUACGUGAUUACUGGGGUUUUUCCACUUUCUCAGAACAUUACAUUGCCUUCAAAAUAGAUUGUAUUAUACCAGUAAGUGCCGCUUUUGAGUCUUUUAAUGCAGAAUAGUAGGAGCGUACAAAGCCGAUGGUACUUUUGGUUUCAAAAAUACAAGUUAAAAAUCAAUCGUUCCUUUGCCUAGCUAAGAUCUAAUUCACACUCGUUUUCAGCAAGUGAGCACAUGAUUCAUGGAACACCUUUAAUUUUACCAAAAUCUGACUCUUUAAACCACUGUAGGAGUUUUAAAUAGUGUAAGCUAGUUAAUUCACUGUCAUAUUUUGUAAUUGUCAAGUCAUCAGUCAUAAUUAUAUAUAAGAUUUUUUUUUUAAUCAAGUGGUACUUCUAAAACGCUUGAAGUACCUAUCUACUUCAGAAAAGUAGCAAGAGGAGUAAGGUGUUCUUAAGGGAGAUUUUGCUCCAUUAAAUCAAAUAUGAAAAGCUUAUUUUCUGUGCAGUUCUGCAGAGUCUUUAAGGCUCAAAGAACAAUAUUUGCAAUUAAACAAGGAUUAAGUGCACCUGUAAUUAGGGAGAAGUUAUUUGGGCUUUUGUACUAGAAAGUUCAAAGCUGCUUAUAAAUUUUAUGUGCAUAUAUUUUGUGUGUGCCUCAUACACAGAAAGUGGUGAGCUACAGAAAGUGGUGAGCUGCAGGUCUUUGGAUACAAAUACCAGAGGAUUCCAGCAAUCCUCUUCAUAGUUACAAGAACAAAGCUUAUGGUGGCUUGUGUUGUCAUAAGAACGCAGAAGAAUAUGCAUGGCUUUAGUCAAGAUUUGCCUGAGAUUUUAAGGAUAUUACAAGAUUUUUGCAAACCCGUUUAGAAAUUGAAUUGCUUCCUGCCCGAAUGUACGACUUCUGGAAGGAACUGGGGGACUUAAUAUGGAAAAUUCUCUUUAAAAAAACUGCUGUUACCAGGAUAUUUUUUUUUAAUUGCAGUUUUAGGAGGAGUCCGGUUGACCUUGGUUUCAUUAAUGCCUGAAACACUCAGUUGUAUGUCAGUAUGUAAAAGUGCCUGGUAAAUAAUAUGCCACCUAACCUCCUACUUUCCAGAACACAUCAGUAUCCAUCCUGUUGUGCAACAUGCUCGGCAACCUUCACUCUGCUUCCUUUUCAUCCUUCAGCACACAGUCCACUGAGAGAGAGCUUCUCACAAAGCCAGUAGCAGCGGCAGGGUGGUUCCUAACAGAAGCAUAGUCGAGAUUGUAUUCUGUGGUCUGUGAUAUGUGGUAGUUAAAGCAGUAAGAUGGAUGGGUCCUAGCAAGAAGAGGCUAUAUAGGUGACGUGAGGCUUAGCCAAGAUGAACCUUAGCACUUUGCUAACUCUUGCGUAUUUCCAAAUUCUUAGUGCUUGCUUGGAGGUAGGUUUAACUGAUGUGGGAAUUACAGACCUUCAGAGGUUGAACUGCAAAUAAUGAAAUGCUUUAUUCAACCACCUUUAUGGGUGAGUUUACUCGUACUGGAAGGUGGCAUCCAGGAAAAGAAGAAAAAGUAAGAGAAGUUCUUGGAAAACAAUUGAUUUUAAACAUAUGUACAGCUGUCGUGCUUACGUUUGUUUAGCAUUAUCUGACCAGUCAGGCUUCUGUGCUUCAGGCCUCUAUCAGUCAAAGCUGCACCAAAAAUGACUUCGUGUAGGUAUUUUAAAUAAACAAUGCCUUUGUGCAAAUGGACAGCUGUGCACCACAGAGUUUUUUCAAUUAUGACUGUUCUAAAAAAAUGAUUGAAUAUAACUAAACUCCCAAGUCUAUGUACUUCGCAUGCCUCUAACAAGUUCUAUGUAUCUAGACAAAUAUUUAAAGAAAACAGGUCAGCAUCAAAGUAGAAUUUACUAAUCUCCAUACUAAUUUCAAAGGCUUUCUAUUUAAACAAUUAAACUUUUUGAGUUUUUCAUAGGCGUAACUGGAUCUUUACCAUAGAUGCAAAUGGUAUAGUUCAUACUUUAGAAUCAUCAGACUGCUGGCAUGCUUCAGAUCUUUAAGGUAAUCUUGAUGGUAACAUGAGAGAGCUUCCAAUAUAAUUCAUCAAAUAAUUUCAUUAGUAGCUUUUUUUAGCACCUACAAAACCUUAUCACCGUAACGUUUAGUUUCCUAAAAUAUAAGGAGCAGUUCUGUUGCAUUUAAAAGAGAAUCUGUGGCAGCUGAACAGCAUCAUCUCAUGUUACAUCUGUCUCAUCUCAUUCUUCAGUCUUCAUUCUCCUGAAUUGCUAGCAACUAUUCUUAUAUUGUUCUAAUUUUUCCCUUUGUAAUGGAAGCUUGCAAAAACAAAGCACAGGAAGGAUGCUUGAUACAGUGUGUGAUGUUAGGAGUGUUAUUUUGGGACAACCUUAUUAUUCAUAUUGGAAUGCUGAACAGGACAAUUCUGAAUAGAGCUAUAUGUAUCCUCAGUUCUGACACCACAGCUUCAAGCUUUGUUCUUCUUUUCCAUUAUAUAAACUGAACACCUUUUACAAAGGCUGUGUCUGUAUAUAUUAUGUAACUUUAAAUGUUACCUGUGUAAGAUCAUAUCUUAUAUAUAUGGACACAGGUACACAUAAGUAUUUUUUAAAUUAAGAUUGUAAUAUCACCAGAUCUGCUCUUGGAAAUCCAGGGGGACCAAAAUAUUUUAGCAUUCAAAAUAUUAAUUUUGUAUCAUUUCAAGUAUAUACCAAAACAGUUUCUGAUGAAUACUGAUGCAAAUGUUUAUUGUAAAUAUUACAUACAUUAUACAUUCACUUAAGUUUUUGUGGAUUUAAUCAAUUUGACAUUUUAGUAGCAUUGAAGCCUCAGUUUGGUUUACAGACUUGUGACCGGGUGGAUGUGGACAUGGAGAAUAAGGAGCAUUGGAAAUGGUCUGAUGCUGAAAAGCCCAAAACAUUGUGUUUGGAAUGCUGGAAUUCUUCAGGGACCUUCCGACCUUAAAAGCUGGAAUUCUGGGAUGUUUCUCAAGCUGACUUUCCAAGUAUGACACACUGUCACCCUCCAAUGGUUCCAUUUGUAAUCCUAAGAAAGACUUUGUAUAUAGGUAAAGACAUUGGGAUUGACUGUGUGGGAACAUGAAGGUGUCAAAUGAAAUAAGAGGCUAUUUUAUUUUUUUCAGUAAUGGUUCUGAGUGUGAUUGCCAUGAAAUUCACCUUUUAGUUAGUUCCUUGUUUAUAUCGUGCCAUUGAAACGAUUGCAAGGUGUUAAUCAUUUUGUGUUUUAAAACAAAAAAACUUCACCAUAUCAGUUGCUUUAAACUCAAAUUACCUCUUAAAAGACCAAGGUACAUUUACCUCAUGUGUAUAUAAUGUUUAAUAUUUUUCAGAACAUUCUCCAGGUUUGCAGUUACAUGUUUCUAGAAACAUGGGUAUUACUAAAUUUACAACUUCAGCGGUACUAAAUGUAUUAUCUGGUGCCCCAAAACACUUUAAUUUUCUGUAUUUUAUUGUAUUAGCAAGUUUGCUGCUUUGUCACUGUAGCACCUGCCCUUACAUAGCUGUGUGGAUACUGCCUUGUAAAUUUUACUUUUUGGAUGAUUUGAGGAUCCUGUACAGAUGAGUGUCACUUUUUUUUAAACCUUACAAAAUUGUGCAUUUCCCUUACAUUUCUGAAAAUAUGUAUUGUAUUUGUAGAGUAUACAUUUCAAUGGAUUGUAAAUAGGACAGUAGAAGAGUGGAUGCUUAUGUUAAGUCCUAACACUACAGUAGAGAGAUUAAAGCAGUGAAAAUAAAUAACUUUUUUCAAAA